AUGAGUCUCAUCGCUCGAGCAAACGAUGUUUUCCAAGUCAACCCAGUUAUAGGUGUUGACGAUGCACUCUCUGUACAUGGAUCUGACUGGCUCUGGGCUGUGACAGCCAUAUAUAUAAUUUCUUUCAUCGGACUCCUAGUCCUCUCCUUCGCAGCAAAAGAAAGCGAAAGAGUCUUCCACUACCUCUUCACCUGCGCAUUAAUGGUCGGCGCAAUGACAUACUACGCUCAAGCAUCCAACCUAGGCUGGACCGCUGUCGAGCAAGUCAACAACGUCGGCACCGGAGUAAUCCGCCAAAUCUUCUAUGCGAAAUACAUCAACUGGGUGGUGGCUUUCCCAUCCCUAGCUCUAGCAAUGGGUCUCAUAUCAGGCGUCUCUUGGACCACUAUUGUUUGCAACAUCGCCAUAUCCUGGAUCUGGGUUAUCAGUUACCUCGUCGCGGCAUUUACACCUUCGAGCUACAAGUGGGGAUUCUUCGCCUUUGGUACAUUCUCCUGGCUAAUUCUUGCUAUGAGUACCAUCAAUGAGAGUCGUGAGGCUGCUGCUCUCUUGGAAAUUCAGGGUGAUUAUUUGGUACUUUCAGGAUGGUUGAAUCUCUUGUGGUUGCUGUAUCCUAUUGCGUUUGGGUUGACGGAUGGUGGGAACCAGAUCGGGGUUACAGGUGCUUUUAUUUUCUUUGGUAUUCUCGAUAUUCUCAGUGUUCCGUUGUUGAGUUUUGCUGUUUUGUUCUUUGCCAGGAAGUGGAAUUAUCGCAAGUUGAGCCUUGCUUUUAGUGAUGCUCGUCCCAGCCGGGAUAGUGAGAGUGAGAUCAAGGAAGCGCCUCGGGUAUCCUCCGAUGUUUCAGCUACUGCCUAA